GGCCGGGCUGGUCCUCCGGCCGCUGCGGAACCGUAGCCGCUCACGCUGCUCGCAGCAGCUCCCGCGACUCCUGGCGGCCCCGGUGGCGGCGGCGUUCCCCUGCGCGCGCUUCUCCCGGACGCACAGCUGGGGCACCUCCCGCCGCGGCGCAGCUCCCUCUCCGCUCGCGCGUCGGCGGUGGCGCGGCUCAUGCCCCCCGGCUCGGAGCGCGCAGGUGGGCCUGCCGCUGCAGGGAGAUAGGCCCCCGGGGCGACGGCGGCGCGACCAUGGCCCGAAGACCCGGGGCGCCGGCCGCCUAUGGGGAGGAGUUUUCCUUCGUCAGCCCGCUGGUGAAAUACCUGCUCUUCUUCUUCAACAUGCUCUUCUGGGCCUCUCGUGCCCCUCUUCCCCCAAAGGCUGAGAAGGGACAGGAAUGGCCUCCAGGAUGGAUGUCUUUCCAAGCACUAUCCCGAACUUUGUCCCACCACUCUCAGGACCAGACUCCAUCCCUAGAGCCUGACAAUCUUCAGCUUUCCUGUAUUUUGAUUUCCUACUCAUAUCUCUGGCAGGCAAGAGGGAAAGUGAGUGAAAUCAUCAAUAAUGCCAUUGUGCACUACCGAGAUGACUUGGACCUGCAGAAUCUCAUUGAUUUUGGCCAGAAGAAGUUCAGCUGCUGUGGAGGGAUUUCUUACAAGGAUUGGUCCCUGAACAUGUAUUUCAACUGUUCGGAAGACAACCCCAGCCGUGAGCGCUGCUCUGUGCCUUACUCCUGUUGCUUGCCUACUCCCAACCAGGUAGUGAUCAACACCAUGUGUGGCCAAGGUAUGCAGGCCCUUGACUACUUGGAAGCUAGUAAAAUCAUCUACACUAAUGGCUGUAUUGACAAGUUGGUCAACUGGAUACACAGCAACCUCUUCUUACUUGGUGGUGUAGCUCUGGGCCUGGCCAUCCCCCAGCUGGUGGGAAUCCUGCUGUCCCAGAUCCUUGUGAAUCAGAUCAAAGAUCAGAUCAAGCUACAGCUCUACAACCAGCAGCACCGUGCUGACCCAUGGUACUGAGAAUUCCAUCUGCACUUCCUCACUAUGGCGACAGGCAAGCCUCAUUGACCAACAGCAGUGGAUACAGCUCUCGGCACCAAAUGGAGAUUUGGAUUCCAGUCCCCCAGCGACAGCCCAGUGGGAAGAAGCAAACUCCAGAUGGGCAGCAGGCAGGGUGCAUAGGUGGCUCAAGUCUCAGAAGGAUGUGUUUCCUCUCCCAAUCCUAGCCCUCAGCGUUGUUAGAAAAUUAUUUUGUAUUGUUUUUAUGGAUUUGGGUUUAUGUUUUUGAAAGUUUUGUCUGGGCAGAGAUGUUUGGGAAAUGGCAGUUGCUAGCUGCUACUUCUCACUGAGGCACUAAAACUGACAGCUCUACUAGGGCUGCUGCUGAGCUUGAUGGACAGAUAUAAUCAGAUUCUGGCUAUUGCCAGCAGGAUCUGCCUGGAGUCCAGUUGGCAACGUACCAGCUCCAGAAGGGAAAGGAGCAGAGCAGGCAGUGAGCUUGGGGGUCGGCUGGGGACAGUUUGUAUGUGUUGAGUAGGACUGGAAGGCAGUAUGUUUACUAAAUGCCAGCCCUACCAUCCUCCCAGGUAGUCAUAGUGAGCUACAUCCUGCCCACCCUCAUUGCCAUGGAAACAUGGCAGCAAGGGCAAGGGGGUGCAACAGCAGCCAAAUUCAUCCCUCUCCUACCCCCACUUUGAAAAAUAUUUGGAACCAUGGUCUCUAUUCUACCUCCAGCAGACGUGGGAUUGAGCCAUAUGUGCCCUUGAAUUCCUCCUGUCUGGCCCUCCCUCUCCAGUAAGUGUAGUUUCUUUAACCUUGGCAGUGUGGAGAGGAGAGGGAACACCCUUGUUCCCAAGCACCAAGCUCAGUAUUCCUAGUGUAAGAAGCAGGGAUUGUGUUGGGGCAGGGGCAGCCAGAAAAGGCAAUAAAAGUUUGUUGACCUGGGCUAAGCAGGACUCCAUGAAUUUUCCAUUCUGGCAACUGGAAGGGGAAGGGUGGAAGGGCCCAGCUGGUGGGAGGGGACUGGACUCCCCCGACCACUACAAUACCUUCUUGGCCCCACCACUUGCCCUAUAUCCCCAGGCAGAUGUACUGCACCCCUUUCACAACUCCACCCUCUCUGGUCUAAAUUAGGUGAAAGAUACCCAAUUCUGAUCUGGGAGUGGUGUGAUUUUAUCCCAAAACCCGAUUUUAAUUUUUUUCCAAACUAAAUUAAUUAAAAUUUUUCAGGAUGGGAAUGGGUAAGGCUACAACUGCCAAUCAAUAGUCUAGUCCUCUGCGCUGCGGGGGAGGAGAACGAGAAGGAGGAAGGCCAUGGUCUUCACUCCCAAUCUGGGCCAUCUGCCUGCCUCCUCCAUCUUUAUCAGAAGGAGCUGGGUACCGCCGCCGCUCUUGGGUUUUUCUCACUCAGAAGAGACGUGCCGCGUGCAGCGGUACUUCCUCGCGCUCAGACGAGCGUGCGAAGGCGGCAGGCUGGGAGGCCCGCGAGCAGGGCGGCCGGGCGGGCGCGGCCGGGGGCGGGCCCGCGGCGCCGUGGGUGGUCCCUGCCCCCGCCGAGGCCCGAGCCUGAGCCUCAGCACCCGGCCGGGCAAGAGCUGGGGGCUGAGUUGCGAAGGAGCUAGUGCUGGGCUGUGUGACCCCGCUACCCCGUGAGGGUCCCCCGAAAUCUCCUCGUUCCCUGCUGCCCGGGGGCUCAGACUAGGGGCUUGGCCUGAGUUGGGAAAGACUCGAGAGAAUCCCUCCCGCGUUGGGGAGACAGUCGCGAGUUCUCUCCCUGCCCCCAGUUUCUCCAAAGCGAGCCUUCUGCUCCCGGGAGGGCGCCUUUCCAGCAGCCGCCCGGGGAACCCAGCCAAUGUUUAGCUCCAGCUAGUAACAGAACGGAAAGAGAAAAAUAAAAUCAUCACAAAUAAAAAAAGUUGAAGUAAGGGCUUUUUAUUCUGGGAGAGAAGAGAAAAAGAAAAGCGCGCUUUCUUGGUGCCAGAGACGUGCAGUUUUAUACUUUUUCUUUUGGUGUCGCGGACGCAGAAGUCUGUAUUUUGGGUUCGGAGUUGGGGUGUUGCACCUUUCCAGUUCACCGUCACUGAGGAGCUCACCUGGCAGGGGCCUGUUUGGGGCCCCCUGGAGAAGGCAUAGUGGGCCGCAGAAGCAGGAUUCAUAUCCAGAUUUGUUAAACUCCAAACUACACUUCCAAGCCUCUAGUGUCUCUCCGUAUCUAGCCUAUGGGAUUGGAUAAAAGGGUCCGAAAUUUCUGCUCAAGCCCCAGGUCUUGCCCAGGGCAAAUGUAAGCUUAUAAUGCAGGUUUCUCAGUGUCUUUCUGGUUCUCAGUUUCUCUCUAGGUUUCUUUCUCUUUGGCCUGAUGCUAGGAAAGAACCCCAAUUUUGAAAAAGGUUUCUCACUUUUAUUUCAUGUUUCAAUUUAAUUUGUCCCCUGAAUCUUUUCUACUAACCUUAGUCUCAAGCACUGAGGUUAACACCAGUAUCUUAGAACAGCUAUGAAAUCUAGACAUCAAAAGUGGGUGAAUAGAAUAUUCUUAAGGCAGCAGAAAUCAGGCUGGGUGGGCAGAAGUGGAGAGAAAAGGCCUUAAGAAUGAUGAAAAUCUGGCCAGGGUGAUAUGGUAAGAAAGGUAUCACUAGGUUCUGUGGGCCUCAAACCCUGUAAUUUAAACAAGGACUUGAGUCUGAGAGCACAAAUUUUGCAGAGUACUCAAUGAAAUUCUGUUUCCCUCUGCAUUCUAUUUCUAUUGCUGCUGUAACAAAUUUAGUGGGUUAAAACAACAGAGAUGUGUUUUCUUACAGUUCUGGAAGUCCAAAGAUCAAAAUGGUCUCACUGGGCUAAAAUCAAAGUGUGAGUAGAGCUGAGUUCUGCAGGCUCUAAAGGAACCAUUUUCCAACUUCUAGAGGCCAUUUGAAUUUCUUGGUGCCUGGCCCCCUUUCCAUUUUACAAGCACAUCAACCCAAUUUCUGCUUGUAUGGUCAAACGUUCUUUUUCUGUAACUCUGACUCUCCCAUAUUCCUCCUCUAGGACCCUUGUGAUUAUACUGGGCCCACCCAGAUUAUCCAGAUUAAUUCUUCCCAUUUUAUGAUUCUUAAUUUAACUACAUCUAAAAAGUCCUUUUAACUAUGUAAGGUAAUAUACAUUCAGGUUCCAAGGAUUAGGACACAGACAUUUUGGGUGGCCAUUUUUCAGCCUACCACAUCCCCUUCCCCAUUCAUGCAUGACUUAAGGUGGGGGAAAUGUACAAAUAGCUAUUGUUAGUGGCAAGAUUUUAAGGUAGGUGUUGUCUGGAUUUCAUUCUAAUAAUUACCUACCAUUUAUUGAGUGCUUACCAUGUGGCAUGGCAAGCACAUAUUUAUUACAAAGUUUACCAUGUGGGUCCUCUGCUAUUUUCUGACUUACCCUCAACCUGAAGACCAGAUAUGUUAACAGAGUCAAGGACCAGUUUCAAAAAGGGGAUACAAAAGGGGCACAGCUUCUUCCACUAAAAGGGCUCUCCUGGUCUAUUAUUCUAAAAAGGUCAGGUACAUUUUAUAAAUCUCCUCCUUGCCCCUCAACCCCCCAAAAAGAGAAUUAGAUAUUCCAAAUUGCUAUACAUAAAACACUUAGAGGAGGGAAUAAAGUGAGGGGUAACCACACUCCAGAACUUAGGUUGAAAAACUCAGCCUCUAGAGUAUUCUUGUUACCGUUCCAGGAACCUGGUAAAUCAAUCAAACGAGUGAAAUAGCAUAGAGAUUCCAGAAAUAUUUUCAAACAUCAGUACUCACUGACUAAUAUGAAGCAAUACAGUGAUGAGAAGAAGGGGAAUCAUUAAUAAAAGUUGUUAGGACAAAUGGAUUACAGUAUGGAAAAGAAAUAACUUAGAUUCGUAUCUCACAUCAUAUAUUGUGAUGCACUCCAGAGGGUAAAAUAAAGAUUUUAAAGCAAACAACAACAAAAUGAAAAUCAGAGUAUCAUAUUUGUCCUAGCUAUUAUAAUGAGCUAGAGUGGUAAGUUUUUCAGUGCAUCUGCCCACCUCACAAUGAUUCUUCCUUCUUUGGAAACUGACCCCCUACUCCUCAAAAGUUAAGCCUUGAGGAGCCAUGUUUGUACUAUAAGACAUGGUCUCCUAAGCAUAGCUGACUGGAUCAGACUUGGGCACUGUAUUAAGUGCCCCACGGCUGCUGUAACAAAGUACCACAAACUGGGUGGCUUCAAACAACAGAAACUUACUGUCUCACACUUCUGCAGACCCAAAGUCCAAAAUCAAAGUGUUGGUACAGCCACACUCCUCCUAGCGCCUCUAGAGAGGAUUCUUCCUUGACUCUUCCAGCUUCUGAUAGCCCCAGGCAUUCCUUGGUUCACAGCAGUUUAACUACACAGCUUCUGCCUUCAUAGUCACAUCUUCCCUCUGUGUCUAUGUCUUUUCUUAUAAAGACACCAGUCAUAUUGGAACAAGGGUCCACCCUACUCCAGUAUGACCUCAUCUUAACUAACUAUAUCUGCAAUGACCCCAUUGCCAAAUGAGGUCACAUUCUGAGGUCCUGGGAGGUUAGGGCUUCAACAUUUUUUGGGGGCUUAUGGGCACAAUUCAAGCCAUAACAGGCAUCUAGCCCAAACUGUGCCAAAGUCCUUCCCUGGGACUUUGGAAUUGAGAAUGAGAUUCUAAUCACUGACUGGUCUGGUGAAGAAGGCAAAGGGCUGCUGAGGCUCGGUCUUCCUACACCUCAUGGAGCAAGUAAGAGAAAGUCUACUUACACAAAGAGGAGAAUGAAACAGAUUGGGGAUGGGGAGACAGAGACAAAGGGGCAGAAGAAGGGUACUCCUUGUGGCCGAUUUCUCUAUGAUACUACCACACCUUUCUGCAGCUCUAUGGCUGUCCUGCCUUGGGCUCCCUAAGACAAUUUAUGCUUCCAGAAAAGCUUGCCUUGUUUGCUUAGGAAAGCUCAACUUGGUUUCUGUUGCUUACAAGCCAAGCUAAUAAAAAA